AUGGCGAAUCGUCAAGGCAAUUCCAACUAUGCCCAACAAGUGGAAGUGAUGGAGCUGACAGAAGCGUCGCAACUAGAUCGGCAAAAGCACCAACAUGUCCUACUCGAAAUCGAAGCCAAGAAACGUGCGUUCCAAGUGGAUGUUCCAACCUUGCCGAAUGACGUUCGAAUGGCCUUGCGUACCUUGGGACUGCCAGUUAGAUUGUUUGGUGAAAACUUGGCAAAUGUGAGAGAUCGUCUUCGUAUGGAGUUGGCGAAACGGGAGGUUUUGAAAGAACAGGGAGGCACCAUUGAUGAUUCGUUAGAUGAUGGUCAACAAGAGCAAAAAGCAGAAGCAGAGGAGGAACAAGUCACAAAGUACAGUCGAGCGACACCACAGCUCAUCAAAGCUCGCGAGUUAAUUACAAAAUAUUCCAUGAAAAGGGCCAAAGAACGGCUGGACAUGGAACGAAAGUUCCGAUUACAAGUCCAACGCAAAAAGUCCAAAUUGGCAUCCCUGCCAGGGCCGGAGGGAUCCGAGGUCAAGGAAGAAGACUACGCAGAAAUGGAACGGUUAGAUGAAGCUUGUGUAGCAAAAUACAAGACUCUCCGCACCUAUGGUUUGGGAGGUUCCCAAUAUGGUGAUGCCCGCCCAAUAUCUUCCAUUUGCACAUCCCUUCAACCACAUUAUGGUGUCCCAUUGGUGGCAACGGGUAGUUGGAGUGGAACCAUCAAAUUAUGGAAUGGAUCCAGUCUGGAGCUCAACCAAGUUGGGGAGAAAACCAUGGCCCACGAAGAUCGAAUCAUGGGUGUGGCAAUACAUCAACAAUCCAAUACGUCGUCGGCAAUUCUGGCGACAGCUUCCAUUGAUUUGACGGCAAAAUUGUGGAAGAUCCACCAAUCGUCGUCAUCAGACGACUCCAUGGCAGUAGAUGGUGGCGAAGAUGCGGCCUCCAAAUUUACGUUGGAAGAAGCUGUUGUUUUGAAAGGACACGCCACUCGUCUUAGCAAGGUUGCCUUUCAUCCAAUGGGCCAGCAUGUGGGGACUACCAGUUUUGAUCACACGUGGCGCUUGUGGGACGUCGAGACGGGUUCAGAAGUCUUGUUACAAGAUGGUCAUUGGAAAGAGGUCUAUGGUAUUGGCUUUCACAAGGAUGGUUCCUUAUGUUCGACGACGGACUUUGGAGGCGUCGUGCAAGUUUGGGACAUAAGAACGGGAAAAUCGAUUUGUCACUUUUUGGGACACGCCAACCGAGUGCUCUGUUCGGAAUUCAGCUCGAAUGGUUUUCAAUUGGCGACUGCUGGAGAUGAUGGCACACUCAAAGUCUGGGAUCUGCGGCGGCGCAAACAGUUUGCUUCUGUACCUGCACAUUCUGGUUUGAUUACUCAAAUUCAAUUUGAUCGACACGACAAUGGGGAGUAUUUGGCAUCGAGUUCCUUUGAUGGAACCGUCAAGAUGUGGUCCACGCGGGAUUGGAAAAUGCUUUCGACGCUGAGAGGUCACGAAGGAAAGGUAAUGGGACUGGGAUUGUUCCAUGAUAGCAUCGUGUCGUGCGGUUUUGACAAGACGCUCAAGCUGUGGCAAUAG